AUGCCGCGAUCCGGUCCCAACCCGGAAGACCUAGACUUCGAGAUCCAUGUCGAUCCGUCCUGCCUGAGCACCCCCGCGCACGAGGCCGCCGAGCACGAAGUCAUGGACGACGACCUCCCUACCAAGCCCGAGGGGGAUAAGGUUGCGGAGCGAGACGACGACAUGGACGGUGUGAAGGACGAGACGUCAGCGGCUGCCGAUGUGGCCAAGGCUGGCGCGGACGAGAAGGAGGAUACAGCUGCUGCCGAUGCUACCGAGGCAGUCGCAGAGAAGAACGACGAGGCUACGGCCUCUGAUGCCACUCCCGAGCCUUCUGCCGAAGCUGGCCCCGAGAAACAACACGAGUCCAAGCCGGAGGAAACGGAGUCAGUCUCUGACAUCACAAACAGCUCUGGGGAGGACACCGCUGCAGAAGUGGCCAACACAGCCAUCGACACAGCAGAUGAGGAGAAACAGAGCUCUGAUAAGACCAUCAAUGACGCAACCAAGGAUGCGCCUGCCCAAGAAGACUCUAAAUCGGAGAAGGAUUUCUCGGAAGAGACCCCCGAGCUAGCGGCCGCAGAGAGUGCCAAGGCAGAGGAGCCCGAGCCCGAGCCCCUGUCCGAGCCCUCGGCGGAGGUUGCGCCCGUGGCUGAGGCCGAGAAGGAAGAGCCGGUCCAGGUGGAGUCCGAGCCGCAGGCCGAAGACCAGCCUGAGGAAGUGAUGGAGGAACAGUCAACUCCCGAGGAGCCUGAACCUCCUCUCGAAGAUGUCGAACCAAAAGAACCAUUUCAUGCCGACGCCGAACUUGAGCCCGAAGCCGGGCCCGAGGUUGAGGUCGAAAGAGAAACCACACCCGAGCCUGAGGUCGAGGCUGAAGCUAAAGCUGAUGAGGUUGAGCGAGGAAGAUCACUCCAGCCGGCGGCCGAAAUCACCACGAGCGACCUGGCAAAGGAAGUCGAAGAGGCACUCGCCAUGGGGGUUGACCUCGAUGAGACGCCAACUCCAGCACCCUUGGCGGACUCGAAAGAUGCCCACGAUGACAGCCCUGUCGAAGUCCAAGAGGCUAGCCGCUCUUCGUCCUCCCUCCGCCGUGCAUCUGGUCGCACUGAAGCCCUGAUCCAAGCCGCCGCAAAGGAGGUUCUCGAGCGGCUUGAAGCCCAGACCAUGGAGACUAUAAGAAACAGAUCGCACUCUCGGCAGGACUCAUCCGGGUCUACGAAUCUAGGAACCGAGUUGCACUACGACACUCGCUCAGAGGGCACCCGUCGCGAAUCAUACGCGACUGAGUCACGGGCCAGUCGCCGCGAAUCUUACAACACGGAAUCUCGAUCCAGCCGUCGCGAGUCGUACAACACUCGACCCCAAAGCAGCCGUCGUGAGAGUGACAUUCUCCCCACCCCGUUGCACACCGAGGACGGCGCCGACAGCUCCUCCCAACACGGCGACUCGGACGUCUUCAGCGACCGUAGCCCUCGCAGCUCGCUGGGCUCCUUCGACGGCCACGUCGACCACCACCACAAAGACCCGAGCAACCGCUCCUCCAAGCGGUCUUCGCGUAUGUCCGACGUCUCCGUGUCCGAGAUGUCCUACUACGACAAGGAGGAGUUCGUCCCCACCAUCCGCGCCUCGAACCGGAUGCCCUUCCGCUCCCCCUCCGACGUCCGCGCCCUGCAAUACUCCUCUCCGGCCCCGUCCGUAACAGGGUCCUUCUCCCCGCGCUCCUCCGCCAAGCGACCUUCUAUGCCGACCAGCUCACGCCUCGGCAGCCCGACCGUGUCUGCGCAGUACACCACCAAGGGCCGCAAGACACCCACCCGCUUCAGCCCCAAGAAGGAGCCCGCGCCUCUCGUGCUGCUCCACGUCACCCUGCUCCCCCUCCGCUGGCAGUGGGCCGAGGUCCUCGAACAGGCGUCGUCCGACACGCUGUCUCCCGAAGCCAAGACCCUGCGCGAGGCCUGGCACCACCUCCACGACCGCGUCGCCGCCACCGUCUGCGAGCGCGGCAUCCUCCUCUCUCACCCGCAAGACGACUACGAGGUUCUGGAAGAGCGCCUGCUGGAGGCUCUUGACCUCCCCCUGCGCCGUAGAGCGCGUGUCCUCGAGUGCGGCCACUACAUCGGCCCAUCCAACGAGAUGACACUCGGAGAGGACACCGAUAGCGACGAGGAGUAUGAAGAGGCCUCUAGGAGGAAGAGCGCUCUGGUCAAGACCCACUGGUGCCAGACCUGUCGCCAUGACAUCCGUUGCGAGUCUCUCGGCCCGGGCAAGAUCUUCCGCAUCAAGGUGUACGCUAGCAACGGCCUUAUGAGGACCGGUGCCUGGGCGGCCUGCUGGAAGGAGAUGGAGCGCGUCGACGUGGAGCUCGAGCCCAUCGUCGAGUCCGCUGUGCUGGAUGAGCUGGAGCGCCUCGCCAUCUCCCAGUCGCAGCAGUUGCAGCUCGUCAAGCACGAUCCUACGAUUCUCGAGUCGACCGAAGGCAGGGACUCACCCGGCGAGCGUGCCAUGUCCGACUUUGACCGCACCAUGCCGUCCAUGGACCGUGAUAUGCACUCUCUUGACCGUGGCAUCCCUGCCUUGGAGGAGCCCCCGCGCGAAUCGUCUCACCUGGAAGAGAACAACCUUCUCGAGCCGAGCUACGCCGAUCACGACGUACACGCCCCGGUGUCUCCGCCUCAUCCGACCAUGGAGGACUUCAGAUCGCCCUCCCCUGAGGCCAUGCCUCGGUACGAUGAGAGUGAGGAGCGCCGUCUCCGUGACGAGGAACGCAUGCGGGAGAUCUACGGACACCCGCCCCCCGAGCCCCAACACCAUGAGCCGGCCCCCGAACCCCACCCCGAGCCGCGUCACGGGUCCUUCUCGGCACAGUCCCCGCCUCCUCCGCCGCAACAGCAACCGGAGCCGCAAGCGCAGUCCCAGCAGCACUUCCACCCAGAGCAGCAGCAAACUCAUCAGCCGCCGCAGCCCCACUCCCAGGAGGCGUACCCCCCGCACCACGAAAGACAGCAGGCUUUCCAGAACGCCGGGCUCGGCGAGCUUCUUCUCGAGGCCGCGCGGGUGUUCAUGCAGGACAAGAAGAACCUGGCGAUCGUGGUCAUGAGCCUGCUUGUGCUUUUCAUGGCUAUCAGACCUACGCCGCGGGAGGUCAGGGACUGGGAUGGCCAGUUUGUCGAGCACGUCGCGCCAGGUGUUUACGAGGCGCCCGUGUCGUCGCCGCUGAUGGAGACAGUUCAGUCUGUUGUUGAGUCGGUUACGUCUUCCGAGACUCCGGUACAGGUCAUUGUUCAGCCUACUCCUCAGGUCGAGGUGCCUGAAGUAGAGACCGUCGAGGUGGAGGCCCCCGAGCCCAGCCAGGAGAUUCCGGUUUCCGAACCCAUUGCUCCCACCUCCAGUGCCGCGCCGGUUGAGAGCUCUUCCAGCCUGGUUUCCGAGGAGGUGUUUGCAGUCGAAGAGGAGAGUUCGUUGCCAUCGCCCUCGCCCUCGCCUUCUUCCUCUGAGGAAGUAAAGGCCCCUGCCCCUACUGCUGUUCACGAGACUAUCACCACCAGAGAGCUGGUCCGCAUCAUAGAGACUGUGACGGAGACAGUCAAGGCUAUCGUUACAGAGACAGAGGUUGUCAAGAUCCAGGCCACGCCUAGUGUUGCACCUGAGCCUUUAUAUGAGGAGCAAGUUGCUCAGGAGGAUGAUAAGACCAGGGAAGAUGGUGCUGAGGACCAGACGGACAAGGUGAAUGUUGUCCAGACCGAGGAGGACACAUCCAAGACUGAGGAGGCACCAGCUCCGGAGGCGACUUCGCUUGCCGGAGAGCCACUCACAGACGCUACUACUGAAGGUGCGGCGGCCACUGAGACGGCUUUUCCCGUUGAGGAGGAGCCUGCGCAUGGACAGGACUCGGAUGAUAAAGAGCCUGUUGACGAGAAGGAGUCGGCUGAGCAGGCAGAGUUUAUGGAUGAUGAUCACGAUGAGCUCUGA